GAAAGGUAAAUUGCAAAAACCCUAGGCUUUACAUGAUGCGGCCGCCGAUUCCGAAAGCGAUACCAGAUGACGACGACGGCGACUGUUCACAGAUCAAAGGCUUCGAGGUCGAUGAUGAGUACGGCAAGAGGUUGUUGCACAACAAGAAUCGCGAGGAUCUGCAGCGACUCGAGGAGAUGAAGAAGAGAGGUCUCAUCGUGGAUGAGGAAGAUGAGGAAGAUAAUGAGCCAGAAUCUGAGCCUGAUGAUGAUCUUGAUAAUCCAGAAAGCGAUCUCAGAUUCGUUGAUGUGUUGCUUAAGGUAAAGAAUAAGGAUCCUUCGAUUAUGGACAAAAAUGCUAAGUUCUAUGAGUCUGAUGAGAAGGAGAAGAAGAAGAAGAAGAAGAAGGAAAAGAAGAAGAAGAAGAUGUAUCUGAAAGAUGUUCAGGCACAGCAUUUGCUUGAGGAAGGUCCUGAGUUUGUUGAGGAAGAUGAGGAGAGGGAGAAGGUGACGACUUACGCUGAGCGGCAGAGAGAAUUGAGGAAGGCUGUAACCGAUGCUUUGGAAACUGGAGAGGACGAGAGUGAUGAUGAUGAUGAUCUGUUUAGAGUUGUAGAGAAGGAAGGAGAUGAUGAUGUUGAGGUUAAUGAGGAGUUGGCUAAGAAAAUGGAUGAGUAUUUUGGUGAAAAAGCUGAGGAUUUUGAGAACCAGUUUUUGAAAGAUUACUUGGUGAAACAGCUGUGGAAGGAGAAAGAGGAGAUUGUAGUAGACGAGGCGGAGUUGGAUAAGUUGGAUGAAGACGAGGAAGCUGUUUGGGAUCAAGAGGAUUAUGAGAAUCACUACAGGCACCAAGAGAAUGCUGGGGAGAUAAUUAUAAGUCAGUCUAGGGUUGUGGAUGGGUCGGUGAGGAAGAAGGAUAGUGCUAGGAAGUCACAGAGGAAGAAUAAAGAGGAGAGGAUGAAGAUGGCUGAGAUUGAGAGGAAAGAGGAGUUGAAGCGGCUUAAGAAUGUUAAGAAGAAGGAGAUGAAGGAGAAGAUGAAGAAAGUGCUUUCUGUUGCUGGUUUUAAGGAUGGAGAAGAAUGUCCGCUUAAUGCUAAAGCUUUUGAUGAUGAAUUUGAUCCGGAGGAGUAUGAUAAGGUGAUGAAAGCUGCUUUUGAUGACGAUUAUUAUGGUGCUGAGGAUUCAGAUUUGAACAGUGAUGAGGAUGAUGAUGGAGAGAAACCAGAUUUUGAUAAGGAAGAUGACUUGCUUGGACUUCCCAAAGAUUGGGAUGUGAUUCAGGGUGGGGAUGGUUUUGUAGCCGCUAGAGAAAAGGUUCUGAAGCAAAAGGAGAAGGUUAUUGAUGAUGAUGAAGAAGAAGAAGUAGAAGUAGAAGAGGAGGAGGAGGUAGCGGAGGAGAAGGAGGCAGAUGGUAAGAGGAAGAGAAAGCAGAAUACGUCUCUAGUACAAAGAGCGAAAGAAGCUUUGAUGGAGGAGUACUACAAGCUAGACUAUGAGGAUACAAUUGGAGAUUUGAAGACAAGGUUUAAGUAUGCGAAAGUACAGCCUAACAGUUAUCAACUGGGGACAGAAGAGAUACUCACCUUGGAUGACACAGAUCUGAACCAGUAUGUACCAUUGAAGAAGAUGGCUCCUUAUGUGGAAAAGGAUUGGGAGGUGAACAAACAUAAGGUCAAGGAGCAGAAACUUAAGAUCCAGCAGUUGUGGGAGGGUAAACACAAUGAGAAGAGAAGCAGCAAGAAGAGGAAGAAGAAUGAGGUUGCUGAGACUAAACAGACUGCUGAGACGAAACCAACACAGAAAGUAGAUGAGGAAGGCGAAGCUGAGACGAAGCUAUCGAGAAAGGCGAAGAGAAGAAGGCUCAAAGCAGAGAAGAAGCUUCCUCCUAACAGAAUGGUUGCUUAUGGCAAGGAAUAAUGAAAAUGAAAACUGAUGAUGCUGCAUCUCUUUUCGUUUUAAGUUUUGGGCUUAUAUUUAUUUACAUUUUCGAGUGUUUGUGCGAAUUUGCUCUUUUUAUCUCCCAAGUUAGUGAGAUCUUAAGAGAGUUUUAGCUUUAUCUUUUCCUAUAGUUGUUCUUCUGAGUUAUCAGUCUACAAACUGUAUAAGUUUAGUUUCAAUGUUCGUCAGUUCUGUUCUGAUACUUGUUUGAGACUCGAAGCUUUUUGUUUUUA